AUGUGUGACUCCACGCCAUGUAAGAUGGAGGAGGAAGUCCUCGUCGAAGUGGAGGCUGCUGCCCCGUCGCACGGGCUGGAGACUGUGAGCGAUCUGGGGGGGGAAGCAUUCGAUUGGGACGAAGCCGAAGGGCCCGAUGCACAGCAGGAGGUAAAGGAUGAGGACACCGACGACAACAAGGACUGGCACUGGUGGAUGAAGAAGGAGGAGGAGAUCAUGGACGACAACAAGGAUUGGCAGUGGUGGAUGAAGAAGGAGGAGCAGCACGACGCCGCCGCAUGGCAGUGGCCCAACCACGUGAAGGAGGAAGAUGGAUGGACAGGGACUGUCCGCUACAAGCGGGGCGGCGACAAGACAUGGAGGAUGGCCGGCUCCGAUUCCAAGCGCUGCAAGGUUGAGCCAUGGAAGCAGCAGUGGACAAAGCAGGAGGACGAGGACGACGUGUCCACGCGUGCGGGGUCCAGGUCGACCAGCAGCUCGCGAGAGGGCUUCUAUCUCCCCAACGGCGGUGGAUGGGUGGAUGCCAAUGGCAUCCACCACCCGAAGGAGCAGGCGAAGAGGCACUCCAAAGCCCAGACGGCAGCGCUGCAAGACGCUGUCCGUGGCUUCAGCACCAUGGCGUCCGUGCUGGCAGCAACAAGCUGGGACAAGAGUCACUUCAGUGAGGUUUGCGUCACGUGGGAAGGCUCGGAUGCCAAGAAUGCCGUGAUCGUCCACAGGUAUCCCGCCAUGUUCCAGCCCGUCACGCCUCCGCUUCACCUGCUGAUGGGGCCGAUGACACCCCCCUGGGAUCCGGAUUCGCAGCCAAGGACACCCCCGACUAGUGGCACAGUGGUCCUCAACAUGUACUGUCGGCAUGAGAGAGGAUGCAAGCUCAGGAUUCACCUGAACUAUGCCACCACAGGGAGCCGUUGCCUCGAGCUGCAAUUCACUAAGACCCAGGAUCUGAGCUUCGGUACAAUCAUGGAGCAGGUCUAUCGGCGCGCUAGUGACGUUCCUGCAUCUGCGGAGAUUGCUCUGAUAGGGACACGCACGCAUCGCUUGUUGUCCAGCCACUACGAGCGCUAUGUCUGGAAAUCCUGCCGAUUCGGAAAGCACAAGUUGUGGCACGGGCUCCCCAAACGGGGACGCCGCCACCUCAACUUGCAGAUGCACUGCAAGAGCCUCCGGCACUCGAAUAGCGCCUAA